AUGAUGGCUGAGAAUGGUGGGGUUGAGCCUGAGGGUGGGUUUGAGAGUGAUGGUGGGGUUGGUGGGGAGAGUGAGGAGAGUUAUGCUGAUAUUGUGGAUUGGGAGUAUGAUAUGGAAGAUGACAAGAUGUUUGAUGAUAAUGUUGACUUUGAUGCUGAAUGGUUGGAUGGUCAGAAGGAAGGUGUUAGACAAAAUAAGGACAUGGAGAUGAUAAAUCUGGGCUUGCAAGAGUGUGUUGAGAGAUACCAUGGUGAUAAUCUUAUAAGUCGAUUACCCGAUGACAUUCUCCUUGCUAUCCUAUCUUUCCUCCCAUUGAAGGAAGCUGGGCGAACAAGUGUUCUUUCUUCUCGUUGGAGAAACCUGUGGAGUUACACCUCACAUCUCAACUUUGCUGACUAUAGCUCGAUGGAGAAGGUUAUGCUGGAGCCAGACUGUUGGAGUGUUGAGGGGGAAAAGUAUGUAAAGUGGGUGGAUUCGGUUCUCCAAUCACACCGAGGGUCCACCGUGAAAGAAUUAAGAAUAUGCUUUAGUUUAGUCAAAUCAGCAAGCAAGUCAAUUACGAAGUGGCUUGAAUUUGCUUUUGAGAGGCACACCGAAAAGUUGGAGUUGAACCUUUCUGACGGUAGUUGUGAUCAGUCUCCAGAUGAAUCGUACGUGUUUCCUCAAGAGUUAUGUGGAAAAUCUAGUAGACUUUUCAACUGUAAGUCCCUAAAAAUGUUGCACUUGGGCAGUAUUGAAGUCUCUGGUGAAACUAUUGAGUUUCUCUUACGUGGCUGCCCGUUGCUCGAGCAGUUAAUUGUCCGUUCCUCUGAUAAUUUGACACGUCUUGAAGUUUGUGGACCAUCCCUUGUAUUGAAGCAUUUGGAGAUAUGGCACUGCGUUUGUUUAAAGUCCUUGAGAAUUUCUGCUCCGAAUCUAACUUCACUUGUCCUUGAUAAAAUAGAAGGCCUCUUGCUUGAGGAUGUUCCAAUGCUUACUAGUGUUUAUGUGGCCCAUAGGGACUCUUUGUGUCAUUCUAUGUAUGCAAAGAGAUUAAUUUCUACAUUACGUUGCCGUCUUUCCCAAUUGGAGAUUCUCACCUUGAACAUUUAUUGUCACAAGGGGCUUCUAUCGAUGAUCAAAUUCCCGGUGAUGCCUAAACUUAAGAAGUUGGUUAUCAUGGAAAGUUUAGGUCGUGUGGACUCGAGUCUUCUUGGCCUAGCUCAUUUUAUCAGUGCAUCUCCCAACCUGCAAGAAUUUGAGUUAAAGCAAUCGUGGUUUAAACCUGAUAUGUCAAACAACGAAAUUCAGAAGGGAUUGAAGCACUUGCCACUGCACCAGCACCUGAAUGUUUUUCGGUUUUUAGGUUAUUAUGGUUGCCCGAGUGACGUUGAACUAGUCAUCUACUUGUUGGAGAACUGUGUUGCGCUUAAGGAAAUCAUUGUUGAUACCAAAACUCAGCUACGUGUGGCCUACGAGCCACUUGAUUCUGAACAAUUAGAAUGGGCUGAAAUAGCAAAGGGUUAUGCCAAACAGCAGCUGGAGCCGCUAGUACCUAACCACAUUAGCUUAUUUAUAUGCUAA